UUCUCUUCAUUUCUAUAAAACAUUUUACCUUUCUCAUAUCAUACGUUCAUGUAAAAAUGCGCGCGAGAUAUCUCAGCGAAAUAUUUCCUGCUAUUCGUCGAUUAUUUUCACUUCUUUUUAUCCAUCAUAGUUUUUUUCGCAGUUCUAUGAGAAAAAUAAAAGGAGAUAGAGAAAAUCAUCAUCGAAGAAACUUCCGUGUUAUCAUGAUAAGGUGAUGUAAAAGAAUAUCUCAAGAUCUACAAUUACAUUUGUUGGGCCAUUGCAAUAUAUUAAAAAGUCAAAACGGGUGACGAAGACAAAAAGAUGGUGUCUCUGCCUAAUGCAGAGUCUGGCACAAUGGACAGAAUUUCUGAUGAUGAUGAUGAUGAACCCAGUAGUGGGUCUGAAACAUAUGAGGAGGGAGAUCUUUUGACAGCAGCCAUGGACGAUGAUGUGACAGCCCAGCUAGCUGCAGCAGGUUGGCAAAUCAAACACGCUAAUGGCCCUGUUGGUGUAGCUGCAGCUGCUGCUAUUGUUUCUGCAAAGAAAAGGAAACGACCUCAUAGUUUUGAAACUAAUCCCAGUAUAAGAAAAAGACAACAGAACAGGCUUUUACGAAAACUUAGACAAACCAUAGAUGAAUUUGCCACACGAGUGGGACAACAAGCUGUAGUAUUAGUAGCUACUCCAGGCAAACCAAAUAGUAGCUACAAAGUUUUUGGGGCUAAACCAUUAGAAGAUGUAGUAAAAAAUUUAAGAAAUGUUAUAAUGGAGGAACUUGAAAGUGCAUUAGCACAACAAGCCCCACCUCCCGUUCAGGAUGACCCAUCUUUAUAUGAAUUACCACCACUUAUAAUAGAUGGAAUUCCUACACCUGUAGAAAAAAUGACUCAAGCUCAACUCAGGGCAUUUAUACCAUUAAUGUUAAAGUAUUCUACAGGUAGAGGUAAACCUGGUUGGGGAAGGGAUAGUACACGACCUCCUUGGUGGCCAAAAGAGUUACCUUGGGCAAAUGUUCGUAUGGAUGCACGUUCCGAGGAUGAAAAACAAAAGAUUUCUUGGACACAUGCUUUAAGACAAAUAGUAAUAAAUUGCUACAAAUUUCAUGGAAGAGAAGAUCUUCUACCAGCAUUCAGUGAAGAAGACGAUAAAUCUACUGUAUUAUUACAACAGACAACUCCUCAUUCCUCGUCUCAUCCUUCACAUUCAUCUAGCCAGGGUCAAAGUGGACAGUCGCAACAACAACAGACGGUGGGAGUUGUUCGUCUCAGCAGCACGGAUUCAUCUAAGGGAAACUCUUCGCCGGCACAAAUCAUUGCUGCAUCUCCCACAGCUCUUGCCACUGCCACUCAGAUGACGGCACAGUAUCCAACAGCAGUGUUACAGACAAUAACGAAUCCUGAUGGUACAGUGUCUAUAAUUCAAGUGGAUCCAAGUAAUCCUAUCAUUACGUUACCGGAUGGUACAACAGCUCAAGUUCAAGGUGUAGCUACUAUCCACACAAGUCAAGGAGAAGUUCAAGCACUCGCAGAAGUGGCAAGUGGUGCAGAGGGUACUAGUGUUGCUGUUGAUCUAAACAGUGUAACUGAAGCAACGUUAGGUCAAGAUGGACAAAUCAUCCUUACAGGCGAAGAUGGUCACGGAUAUCCGGUAUCUGUGUCAGGAGUAAUCACUGUACCAGUGUCUGCAAGUAUGUAUCAAACUAUGGUGGCCAAUAUUCAAAGUGAUGGUACUAUGCAAGUCGUAACACCGAUGGUUCAAGUACCUAAAGUUGAACCUGGAAAUGGGGAAACCAGUAUUGAAGCUGUCACGAUUCAAGGUCAUCCUAUGACAAUGAUAAAUGCAGCAGGAGAACAUCAAGUUCUUCAAGUGAUAUCAUUAAAAGACGCUAAUGUUCUCACCAAAGCUAUGCAAGCAGAAGUAGUGAAAGAUGAAGAUAGUCAACAACAACAAACCGUGUCUAGUCCAGAAUAAGUAACAUUGUGCAUAAUUAAUAGACAAGCUCUAUUAAAUCUAUUAAGAUAAAUUGGCGUGUAAUGGGAGUGUAAGAAAAAGAAGUGAAAGAAUUGUAGGGAUUUGUAUUUGAAAUGUUAAGGCAGACAAUUGUGUCUUGAAUUCUUAUGCAGUGCACAUUUGCUAACUGCUCUUCUAAAUAAUGAGUGUGUUUGAGUGUGUAAAUGACUGGGUGCGUUAAUCAAUGAAUUAAGAGUUUGUAUUCAAAAUUUAUUAUAGACAUAUACAAUAUUUACCUGUAAUUCUAUUUCUCCAAAGUAGUACGACUUUUUGAAAGUGCUACUAUUUAAAGAAUAACUGUAUCUUCAAAAAUUUUAUUAAUUGCUCCUUAGGAGAGAUCUUUGUUAUACGGAGAGUGCAACACACAUUUUCCAAUAAUAAGUACCAUAACAAUAUAUUUUCAUCUAGUCUUAGAAUUGGUUAGAACUGGUUGAAUUCUUAUGGAUAUUCCAAAGAGUUCUCACAUGUUUUAUGUUAAAUUAAUUUAAUAAGUAGGCAACUAUUUAUAAAAAGCACAUAUAUGAGUUUUUUAACAUUGAGAUAAUGUUUUGAUGUUAAACUCAUCAUCAGUGUUACAAUCUAUUAAAAAAAAAAAAAAGAAAAGAAAAAAAAAGAAAAAAAUGGAGCUUUUAAUAUAUUGAUAAAAUUACAUUUUUUAUUUAUUUUCGAGCAUAUGCAGAAUUGGAAAAUAAUAUUUCAUAAAUGAUCAUUUCAGAAUCGUGAGAAAACAUAGUAUAUUGCAAAUUAAAAAAGAAAUUAACAAUCUGAUUUAGUGUAAAAAUAUAUAUUCUGGAUCAGAUUCAAAAUAUUUGGCUAUGGCCAAAAGACAUGUAACAUAUUUUUAUGACAAAAGAACGAACCAAAUUUGUGCUUGGUUGUAGAGAUAUAUAUGUAUAGAUAUACACACAUACAUACACACAGGAUCACAUUAUAGCAGUAAAAAGAAUUAAGCAUUUCUGACGGGUACAAAUAGGAUAAGAUAUCUUUUUUUCUCAAGAAGUUACAUAUUUGUAUUUAACAUCUAAUACAUAUGAUUUAGAUGUGAUUGUAAUACUUUAAUAUUUAAUACCGGGUAUUUUUAAUUUCUGGUCUUUUUUAAUUUAUUAAGGUUUUGCUUUUACAUGAUAAAAAAACAUAAUGUGAAAUUAUUAUGAAAGUAUAAUGUUAUAUUUAUGUUUUUAGAUUAAGAACUGAUAUAUGACAAAUGCAAACUUUAUCUGGCGACCGUGCUAAUAUUUUUUUCAGUAUAUUUAAGAAAUCAGUACUAGAUACACAAUUUUAAACGGAGUACCUUACAUAAAAAUUAGAAAAUACAUUGCUCUUACUGCAUUUUGAAGUAAUCAAAACGUGUCACUUCUAUUUUAUAUUACAGAAACCAUUCUUCGAUAGCAGUGAAGAGCCAAUUCACUUUUAUAUCUGAUGUUAGAAAAACUGUAUUUACUUUGUGCAAUCUUGUUUCAAUGUUGCGGUAUAAGUAAAAAAAAUAUCUGGUAAAAUGAAAUAAUUUUAUUUGUGCAAUCACCCUAAUGAGUAAUAAACAAUUUAUAUAUAAUUUAUUUAUAUUUAUUAAUAUACUUUAAUCAUAUCAAUACAUACAAAAAUGCUAAGCCUUUUGUUCUAAACACUAAAUUAUUUCAUCUUAUAUCUAGUAAUGUUAAGUUAGAUUUUCUUUCUACACUUACUCAAUAUUUAUUAUUGAUAAUACAUUUUUACCAUACACAAAGUUCCUGUAGAUUUGUAGCAGUUUUUCAUCCUUGUAACAUACACAUUGGAAGAUAAGUCGUAACAUUGAAACAACAAGCUGCCUUUGGAACUAGGCAUAACAAUACCAAAAAGUUUUUAUAAUAUUAUAGACAAAAGUAUUUAAAUUUAAUAACAACUAUUACUAGUGCAGAUUAUAUUGAUUAGAUAUUGUUGCAUUGUUUUGUAAAAUCAUGGCCAUUGAAAACGUGAUGUAAUAUAUAAACAUGUAUAGGUAAGAUCAUGUUGUAUUCUACAUUUUCGUUCAUGAAGGAACAUACCCAACAUAAAUUAAGUUCUAUGUCAUCUAAGAAGACAUACGUAUAUUAACACAUUAGAUGAUUAUAGGCAUAUAUGUAUAUGACUUUACUGCUGUGUAUCCUAUAAUGUAAUUUGUAAAUAUGUCGUGAUUGUGUCAUUUUUCUUUGGUUAAGUUCAGUGUAAAAAAAGUAAAUUGAGUCCAUUACCAUUUUAAACAUGACAUAAAGAACCAAUGGAAAAACAGUUCAAAUAUAGCACACAUAUCAUUUCAUUAUGUUUCCCACAUUACUUAAAUUUGCACUGACCCUUGUAUUACAAUUCUUACAUAUUAUUUUAUUUAUAGAGCUAUAAAGCACAGAUUAAUUGAUUAGUAAUUAGGGAAACAACUGCAUGAUGAUUAAAGUUUUUUAUUGAAUUAAGAAACACUUUUAUAAAUAGAUCUAUUGAAAGUACACUUUAUUCAAUACAGUUCAACUUUUCGUGAACAACAAUCUUGAUGAAGAUGCACUUUCAUGUAUAAAUACUAAAAUGGAAAUUUAUACAUUUUUAAUUACAUUUGAUAUGGGGCUACAAGGGCUAAUUCUGGUUUGUCAUAUCCUAAUUCUUCUGGAGUAUUGAUACCCAAUUCAUCUAAGGUAGGCCUUAUCUCUUGAAGAAUGUAUGGGUAAAUAGUGUUGACAUAUGGACCGCAUUUGUCUUUAAUAGAUUCUAAGAACCUAACAGCCAAUGCAUAAUCAUUUAUUCGUCUACAAGCUCUUAAUGCUGCACAGAUAAUUCUGGGUUCAGGAACCAAGUCCAUACCUAGUAAAGUAAAUAUAACAAAACAAAUUUCAAUAGUAAACAGUAAAUAAUAACCAAUAGAUCAUUUAUUUUAAAUAUAGCAAAAUUUCAAGAGAAAUCUAGAAUCCUCAAUAUUCUUAAACUUUGUUAUUCUUAUGAAAUAAAAAUUAUAUCAAUUAUGUUACGGUGAAAGAAUUGUAAAUACAAUAUGUGCUUGU